GAGGGACCUUAAAGCUGCGGGGCGGCGAGACUUGGAGCGGCCGGUCCGCGGGCACCGAGGGACGCGGGAGCGGAGCAGCGCGGCGCGCCCGUCGUGUUCCGCGUGUCCUGCCGAGCCCUGCCAGGUAAAAGGACACAGAAAAGAAGAUGGACUGGGGAACGCUGCAGACUGUUUUAGGAGGUGUAAAUAAGCACUCCACCAGUAUCGGGAAGAUAUGGCUCACAGUCCUGUUCAUCUUCCGUAUCAUGAUCCUGGUUGUGGCUGCAGAGAGAGUCUGGGGAGAUGAACAACAAGAUUUUGUCUGCAACACACUUCAGCCUGGCUGCAGAAAUGUAUGCUAUGACCACUUUUUCCCCAUCUCUCACAUCAGACUCUGGGCCCUGCAGCUGAUCUUUGUCUCCACACCUGCGCUGCUGGUGGCCAUGCACGUGGCCUACACCAGGCAUGAGAAGAAACGGCGAUUCAGAAAUGGUGAGAAAAUUGAUAUUGAAGAGCUAAAAAAUGAAACAAUUCACAUCCGGGGACCCCUGUGGUGGACAUACACCAGCAGCAUCUUCUUCAGGAUCAUCUUUGAAGCUGUCUUCAUGUAUGUGUUCUAUUACAUGUACGAUGGCUAUCAGAUGCCCCGCUUGGUGAAGUGCGAUGCUUGGCCCUGCCCCAAUGUAGUGGAUUGUUUUGUGUCUCGGCCCACUGAGAAAACCACUUUUACUAUUUUCAUGCUUGCUGUGUCUGGGAUCUGCAUGAUGUUGAAUCUGGCUGAGUUGUGUUACCUAGUGAUAAAAAUUUGCAUGAAAGAACCCAGGAAAACGACAGUUUUGAAAUAACUCCCCAGUUUCAGGAUCUCCUAGCUCCCCACUUCCUUUAAACUUUCUUAGGUGUCAGAGAACAAUAAGCAAUAUUUUCCACACUCAAGAAAAAGCAUAAAAAUGAAUGUUCAUUUGUGUUUAAAAAAUUAUGGCCUCCCUGGGAAGCUGCUACUGAUGCAGGUUUUAAAUAUCAUGAGCUAGUUCAGUAUUCCUGCAUUCAGAAAUAGAGAGGAGCCUUCUGGCAGCAGCCUUUCCAAGUAUGCCUGCUGUUGGCCCUCUUGUUGGGACAGAGUCACUUUUCAAAAAGUGGGAGUGAAAAGGACCAGAGAAGACUCUUAAUGCCCAAAGGAGAGCCAGGAAUCACAAAACCACUAUGUCAGCUCAGAGGGAAGCCAAUAACAAAGGGUUUUGGCUAAAAGUGGGGUAAAAGGUUUUUGUGGGACAUUACAGCUUGUGAAAAGGAAUAAGACAAGGGGUAAUCGUGUUUAUAGUAGAUAUCCUCUCUAAGUAAUCUAGAGAGCAAGGAAAUGGCCUAGGAACACAGGCACUCCAUGGCAAUGCAUGCUAUCAGCUCUGCUGGGCACCAGCAAUGGCUUUUAUCUUUUUAUCUUUUCAUCUUCCUGCCUGCACUGAGAAGCAUCUCCUACGGGGUUGGAGAUGGCCAGUCUCAACUGCUUGUGAAUGUCAUUGGACCAGUGCUGCCUCCCCACAGUCACAGAUGGUGCAGCAGUGGGAGGAACAAAAUUCAUUUUUCAUUCUCUAGAUCAGGUGAAAAAAAGGACUGUCACUUCUGAGAAGGUGGAGGCAGUGCAACUGUCUUCCUCCUUCUCUUGUUCUCCCCUAAUACUUUGUGAAGAACCUCAGUACAGUAGACUGUACUCGAGGAAGAGACUUUUUACCACCUGACUGUGCCUCACUUAGCUGUGUACCUUUCAGAAGGGUUUUUUUUCAGUAAAAGCAGAGAAAAAUUGCCUUGCUUCAUUUCUGUUUGUUAUCCAAAAGAAAUGCUUCAACUUACAGCAUGAUAUGGAGUGCUCCUUCCUUGGACCCCUUUUUCCUAUCCAACCUGCACAGCUUUUCUUCAUAAAACCUUUUCCCUAUCUGAUGUACCUUUCAAAUGAGUCAAGCAAACCACUCCAAUCUCUCUGACAAUCCACAUUGUGAGAUUAAAACGCCAUUCCUUUUCUUACAGUUGGUCUAGCAUAAAUUAGAGACAACUUGCAGAGCUAAAAUAGCGAAGUGAACCAAUCAAAAAUGAGGAGGAACGUGAUAUUUUUCUUAAAGUUCACAUUGUUGAGCUGUAAAUUGUAUAUUACUAAUUUGAAGAACUAUAUGAGUCAGUCUGGCCUUGUCUCAAAACAUAUUUUAUAUCUGUCAUAGACAUCUACACCAGCACAUACGGCAACACAGUUUCAUCUCCCAAGUGUGUGCUUAUUGAACCCACUUCUAGAAAGCUGUCUGUCUCUCCUCCUGAGCUUUAAUUACUGGCUUUUCCCUAAAAUGAAUAAUCACUAUCUCACCUUCUCUCUUUGCAUUCAUCUUUUACUGUAUGUUUAAAUUUGUCGCUGUUGGAGUAAACAAAGCUGCAUGAAUUAAGGCCCAUGGCCCCUCACUGUGCACUGGAAGCGGAGCAUGAACAGCCUUCCGUUGCUUGUGAGCUACAUCCAGUGUUGCAACUUGUCUGCAGAUGGAAAUCUGUCAUCUAAGAGGGGAGCAAGGAAACCAUGAAAACACCAUCCUCAGAAGCAUGAACAAAAAGACAGUCAUUCAUAAUGAGCUGGACUGGAAACUUGGAGGGUGAAAACAUCCUUAAUUCAACUCCAAAGAACGAAGUUUGGCACAUAUCAGGUUUGUGCUUGAUAGAGUUCCUGCAUUGUUCCAUACACAAGUACGAAGAGAACGAACUAUCUAGUGCCAGUGCUCUAGUAUUACAUUUCUUUUGUAACAAGAUUUUUAUUUUUUUUCUGAAAUUAUAAUUAAAGGACGUAUAUGUGUGUGUGUUUUCUGUAUUACUUGUACAUGCUGUGUGUUACCUAAUGUGUCUAAUGAAAAUCUGUUUUACUACAAUGGAAAAUGUAUGCACCAAUACUACAUUUAAUAGCCAAGGGCUAGUGAAAGGAUUUUAGCCUUCUGCUGCAGGUUGGUUUUUCAGUUGGUUACAUUGCCUGUUAUACUGAAGUUUUGUGAACUCAUAGUGGAAGGUCCACAUAUGUGCUCUACAUGAAAUAAAAUAUGCUGUGUAAGACAGCCUUGUGCUAGCAGAAUUGCGGCUGGAAAAGGCCAGUGAUAAAUUACUUCACCAGCUCUAUAGAGAAGAGAGUUCGUUUUCCCAGCCUGCCUUUGAAUUUAGCCGGAACUUGAAAUGAGACACACCAAAACCAUUAACACUAACAUGAUGAAGUUAUCUUCAACUAGCAGUUUGGCAACCAGAUCAUCACACGGGGUAAAAAGAUAGAACUGGGGAAAGUGUCUGGAAGUAGCCAAGAGAUGGCUUUGAUCCAGGACUGCAGCAUCAGGCAAUAAUAGCUCUACCAGGACAUAUUUACUGUCUCUCAGAUUUAUUUUCUGUGUAUAUUUAAUUUGACUGAAUAGCUGCUUUAUAUGGGGGGAAAAAAAUUCAGAUACUUUAUAGGAACAUGGGAAUUGCACCUAUUUCUGCAUAUGCUACAUUGCAUAGCUGACCUUCUACAAAUGGAUUUCUUAUAGAUUAAAAUACAGUGCUGUGUUGAAA